AUACGGUUCAGUGGAACAUUCUAAGACACGUGUACGAUUCGGACACGGUCACACGUUUUGAAUUUAUUUGGUAACCGAAAAAACUCUGUCCUUUUCUUCUUCUUCCUGACAAGGAAACAGCGCAAAGCCUUUACAUCACUACCUAUUUCUUUUCUUUUGUGUGUGGUUGCAUCGUUGUAUAAUUCUCACUUGUGACAUAAUAUAAAAGACCCAAAAUCUCUCUCAUUCGCUAUCUAGCGCGAUAGGGAGAGAGAUCGAUUUACACGUUGAUACGCACGCACGACCAGUAAGAAGGUAUCAGGUAUGGUGAAGGAGAAUGAGUAUUAUGACAUUUUAGCCGUCAAAACUGAUGCGUCUGAAGCUGACAUUAAAAAGGCUUACUACUUAAAAGCAAGGAAAGUUCAUCCUGACAAGAACCCUGGAGACCCUCAAGCUGCUAAAAACUUUCAGGUACUAGGCGAGGCUUAUCAGGUUUUGAGCAAUCCUGAGAAGAGAGCCGCUUAUGACAAAUAUGGCAAAGAAGGUGUUCAACAGGAUGCAAUGGUUGAUCCUGCAGCUGUGUUUGGUAUGCUUUUCGGAAGCGAAGUAUUCGAAGAAUACGUUGGGCAGCUUGCACUUGCUUACUUGGCAUCAAUCGAAGCUGACUUAGAAUCAUACGAGCCUGACAUCAGAAAGCAAAUGCUCCAAGACAAGAUCAAAGCUCUUCAGAAGGAGAGGGAAGACAAACUCGCCGCUACGUUGAAAAACAAACUCGAACCGUUUGUGGAAGGACGUACCGACGAGUUCACCGAAUGGGCGAACCAAGAGGCAAAGAGUCUUUCUUCUGCUGGUUUCGGGGAGGCGAUGAUGCACACGAUCGGUUACAUAUACACGAGAAAAGCCGCUAAAGAAAUAGGGAAAGGCAAACGGUUUUUGAAAGUGCCCUUCUUAGCUGAGUGGGUGCGUGACAAAGGGCACCACAUGAAGUCUCAAGUGAUGGCUGCUUCUGGUGCGGUCUCGUUGCUUCAGUUGCAGGACGAAGUGAACAGGUUGCAUGAGCACCAAGGAGAUAAUAAAGAGGAGCAUAUUCAGAAAGCCAUCGAGGCUAAAAUGGAUGCUUUGCUUCAAUCUCUUUGGCAGAUCAAUGUUCUUGACAUCGAGUCAACUCUCUCUCACGUCUGCCAAUCUGUAAGAGAUUCACACCAGGUGCUUAGAGAUCCAAGUGUUUCCAAAGAUGUUCUUCGAGCUAGAGCCGCAGGACUGAGGAAACUUGGAACGAUCCUCCAGGUGAGCAAAAAAAAAGGGGGGCUAAGAAGCCAUACACCAGAGGAAGCAGCUUACGUCACGAAGCCGUGAAACUGGACACCGGAGGUUCUUCAAACGCGACGCCUUGAAAUUCACAUCACCUUUCGCCAGAAAAAAAAGAGAGAAACCUGAAUUUCAUAAGCUGUUUUCUUUUCUUACAUAUUUUGUUUGGCUAUUGGCUCAAGUUUGGAUUUGUCUUUUGGUCUUUUAUUUUUAAUUAAUUUCAUAGUUUUGUAGUGAGAUUUUUCAUAAAUGAGAUUUAUCAGACCUAUCCUAA